AUGAUAGAGGAGGAGGAGGAGGGGGGGUCAGCAAACGGAAGGAUUACGGAUGAGGAGGAGGCUAAGGAACGGCAAGAAGAGGAAGAGGUGGGGUAUGGGGAUGAGGAAACAGAGGGCUCAGAAGUUGAGGAAGAGGAUGAGGAAUGGAAGGAGGGGGAAGACACAGAAGCAGAGGCAGGAGCGAGUGAUGAGGACGGAACACCCGCCACAUCUCCUCCCACGCCCCCUUCUCUACUCAAGAGGCGGCGGGUCGUAUCUCCCUCUUCCCUCCUCUCCCUCUACCGCUUCUUCUCCUCCCACCUCGGCAUCUCCUCCCCUUCCACUAUCGCCUCCCUCCUCACCUAUCGCCCUGCGCUCCUUCGUUCUGAUCCCACCAACGACCUUCUGCCACGUGUCAACCUCCUCCAGUCGUAUGGCAUAUCCCGUGCUGACAUCUCAAAUCUCUUAGCUAAGCUCCAGUACUUAGAGGAACUGGUGGGGAAGAAGGCAGCAGCGAGUGCGGUGCGCAGCCAUUCGGGGGUUCUUCGUCUAUCAGUAGAGAACAUGCAAGGCAAGGUGGCGUUGUUGGGCGAUCUGAUUGGGCAAGAGAACGCUGUGCUUGCAGUGGCACAGUAUCCUUCGAUGCUGGCGAUUAACGAAGAGAACCUUACAAGGGGUUUUAGCGAGCUUGUGCGAGAAGUGGAAGAGGCUCUGGAGGAGAGUGGAGGAGAGGAGAGUGGGAGGCAAACGCUCGAGGAAGGUGCACGGAUGCUUGUGCGAGAAGUGGGAGAGGCAUUGGAGGGUGGCGGAGCUGAUGGGUUUGCACGAGAAAGUUUGCCUGUUGAAGAGCCUGAAAAGGAUGCAAGAAAGCGUGUGAAGCAAGGGGAGAGUGGUGCAGAAGCAAGAGCAGGAGAAAGACGAGGUUUUAAGGGCACUGCUGGUGCCACCGCAGCUCGUGAGCUUGUAGCGAAUCUGGUGGUUAAGUUCCCGAGUUCUAUCUGCUACAGUUGGGAGAGCAACACGAGGCGCAAGGUGGAGUACCUAAAACGGGACAUGGGGCUGCCUAUAACGGAGGUGCUUGCGCUCCCUUUCUUCCUUGGGUACAGCUUGGAUCGGCGAAUCAGACCGCGACAUGUGGCGCUGCUGAGCAACGGCUAUGUGUUCGUGCCGCAUGAGGUAGCUCUACCAAAAAAAUGUGAAGGGGGAGGGCACUUGGAAGGCAUUUUUGUUGGGAGGAGGGGGGCAGAAGAGAAGCAAGCAGCAGGGGAGGAUGUGGAUGGGAAAGAUGAGUUUGGGGUUAGGAAGCCUGAGGAUCAAACUUCCUUGGAACUUUCGCAAGACAGCUAUGCUGCGUUGGGGGUGGAAGGGGCUGUGGCUGUGGGCCGUUUAUCCCAGCGAGGUGAAGACUGGCAGCGGGGAAGGAAGGCGGUGUGCUUGAGUCAGUUUCUUGUGUGCACAGACCAAGAGUUUGAGAAGCGAUUCCAGUUUGAGCUUGCACGGAAGGCGGUGUGCUUGAGUCAGUUUCUUGUGUGCACAGACCAGGAGUUUGAAAAGCGGUUCCAGGUCGAGCUUGCACCGUCCAUGCUACGGUAG